UUUUCUUCAUGGAAGACGAGUCGUUCAGCGACAAUCCCAGCAUGGCGUUCCGAUGGGCGCGCCGGUUCGAGCGCGCGUGCUGCAUGACGGCGAAGUACUUUCCGCUGGCAUUUGUCUAUGGCUUGACGUCGUGGGCGUGCUGGGUGGUGGUGAGCAUUGGGAGCCAGAGUGACGGCACCCGCUGGAUAGGCUCGACAUCCUCUGCCAUUGGCGUCGCGCUCUAUCUGCUGCUCAACUGGUCGUACACGACGGCCGUCUUCACCGAUCCCGGGUCGACGACCAACAACGACGGCUACGGCCUCCUCCCGACCAGCGGCAACCAGCACCGCACGGCGACGUCCUUCACGGUCAAGAGCAACGGCGAGAUCCGGUUCUGCAAGAAGUGCCAGGCCCGCAAGCCGGACCGCACGCACCACUGCUCGACGUGCCGACGAUGCGUCCUCAAGAUGGACCACCACUGCCCCUGGCUGGCGUCGUGCAUCGGGCUGCGCAACUACAAGCCCUUCCUCCUCUUUCUCAUCUACACCACCAUCUUCUCCUUCUACUGCUUCGCCGUCAGCGGCACCUGGUUCUGGACGGAGGUGAUGGACGACAACAAGUAUCUCGACACGCUGCUGCCCAUCAACUUCAUCAUGCUGGCCGUCAUGAGCGGCAUCAUCGGGCUCGUGGUCGGCGCCUUUACGACGUGGCACAUUAUGCUGGCGUGCAGGAACCAGACGACGAUUGAGUGUCUCGAGAAGACGCGGUACCUGUCGACGGUCAAGAGGACGCUUCACCAGGCCCAGGGCCUCGCCAACGGGAUCCCGCAGGCGAGGCAGUUUGUCGACUUUCACGCCACCGCGCUGCCGGGCAUCACGACCCGGGAAGAGGGCGAGGAGCGGCGGUCGCAGCACGAGCCGACGCCGCCGCGCGCGCACAUGUCGUACGAGGAACUGGAGCGGUACCAGAGCCGCAAGCGCUACGAGGAGUACCUCGACGAGCAGGACUCGGAGAAGCUGCCCAACGCGUUUGACCUCGGCUGGAAGCGCAACCUGCUGCACCUCUUUGGCCCGACGCCGCUGCUGUGGUUCUUCCCCAUCUGCAACACGACCGGCGACGGCUGGAGCUGGGAGCCGAACCCGAAAUGGGUCGCGGAGCGCGAGAGGCUGAAGAAUGCGCGCGAGGAGCAGCGCCAGCGAGAGGUGAACGCGGGCUGGGGAUACGGAGGGGACAUGCCGUCGCCGACCGCGGACGUCACGGGCAACUACCACGGCCGCGGACCCCUCAACGGCGUCAACGGAGGAGGCGCGAGGAGGGCCCCGAGCAAGGCGGACCGCAUUCUGGGUAGAGACCCGAAUCUGUACGCCGAUGGCUCGCAAGACGUGCCCAUGCGGAGGCUAAGCCCGCGAGGCCACGCGGCGGCGUCACCACCGGACGAUGACUUGCUGGAGACGGACGAGGAGGAGCCGAGCCCUUACCACAGCAGCUCCCACCAGCAGCAGCAGCAGCAGCAGCAGACGGCCGCUAGCCGGCGCGAAGCCGAACGAGUCGCGAUGAGCGUGGUGACCAACACUCGGCCGUGGGGUCGCGGCGGCGCCAGCGGGAUGCUGCGCCAGGGCAGCGGCAGCGGCCACAGCAGCCGGGUGAUGAUAUAUCAGCAGACAGCGUCCUAG